UGAGUUAGGAGAGGAGGUACCUGCGGAGGAGUUAAGUCUUCAAGAGCUUCUUGAAGAUAGACAUGUAUCCUAUAUAUUAUAGUAUAGUUCUGAAUUUACUAAGUAAAUGUAAGACAUCAGAAAUGAUUAAUGAUAAACACUAUUUUGCAUAGUCUACAAAGUCAAUGUUCUUGAAAUCAUAUAUUUUCAGAAUAUAGGCAUUCAACAAUAUUUUCCCCAAGACCAACUGCACAAAUAUGCAUGGUCAAGUCAGCUCCAAGAAACCAGUGAGGUUCUAAUUUCUAUAGCAAAGUCAAUUCCCCUCUGAACCUAACUUGUGCCAUCCACUGUGGGGAAAAAAACAUGAUUGAGUAUGCUCAAGCACAUUUCCUGUAAAAAUCACCAAGUCUUCAUCUGGAUUGAUGGAUGGAAGGCAAGGUAAUUUAUGUUUUGCGUUUCUUGAUGUGUCGCAAGGAAGGUAUUUUUUUCACGGUUCAUUCUCUGUAGAUCCUGCAUGGAAUGUUCCACAAUGGAUUUUCCUCCAGCACAUUCCUCCCCACCCUGGGACCUCUGUUUGUCUAGUCUUGUUCCAAGCCCAGUCCAUUAUCCCAGCUGGACUUAAGAUCCCAUAGGAAGUUAAACAUAUCCUAUUCCAGGAACACAUCAUUCUUCCCUCCUUUUGCCACAUUUUUGCAUAAAGACAUUUACAUUACAAAUGUAAACAAGAAAUCCCUCAAUAAGAGGGAGAUGCUAAGACCGACCUCAGAACAGUUUUAUCAGAAUAUUGAGAGCUGUGGGAUCUGGGAUAAAGGCCUUUAAAAUAAAAAAGCUUCCCAAUAAUAAUAAUAGGCCUAAUGAUUUCACACUUGUGGUUCACAGUCAAUUUUCCUUCAAACUAUAGGUCAUAUGACCGUGGCUGGCUGGCCGACAAGUUAAAAGAAACUAGUCAUACUAGCAAGCACAAUAUACCUUAUGCGUUAUGGGAAGGGAUGGACUUGGGUAAACACUGUUUAAAGGUGCGCCCCGUGCGUAAAGUUGCGCGCCACAGUCAAAAAACUAUCUUUUGGUAUAGCAGUACAGUGCAAACAUGGAAAUGCAUACAGACCAAUAGCACGGAAAUGGCAAACAUACUACUUAAAUUUAACACCCAGAAUUGUUUACAGAUGGGCCACAGAAAGUCUCCCGUUUAAUAGCCAAGUUCACCUAGCCUAAAACAACGUCCUGCCUUUGAUUCGUUUUUCUUGGAUAGCCUAAGCCUACCAAACAUCAAGCAAAUAAAAAAAAAUGACCUGUUCACGGUUGGAAAACAAAUAUCUUCACGUUGUUUAGCCUAGGCAAUUCAUAUAAUGUAGCCUAGGCAAUUCAUUGUGCGCCUGGUGUUGUAUCACAAAACGUUUGUGCAGCAAUACGCUUUUAAGAAAGACUGAUCUCUAAUAAUGGAAACGAGGAAAGACAUUUCAGGUCAAAUUGAUUACUAUAUGUUCAUGUAGCGUUUCAAACUAAUUGCAGGUAACGUUGCAAUUAUGGGUGUAUGGGCAUUUGCUUAAAAAAGGUUGAGAACCACUAAUCUACAUGCAAAAUUCCCUGAAUAUUAGUGCAGAUUCCCUCUUGUUAAGACAUUGAUGCACAAUGAUAAAUCGCCUCAUUAAACCUCUCCCCGUGUCAGUAUAUCUAUUAUACUCCUCAUAUGGCGUGUGAUUGUAGGCCUGAUUUUUAAGCUAAGCAGCAGCGAUGGUCGUGGCCGCUUAGUGGAAGGGAGACCUCCGGUUAAACCAUAGCGAUCUUGCUACUCAAUGUUUUUCUAAAGGUUGGCUAUCACUAUGUUACAAAGGCAGUGAAAUAUUAGACGAAUGGCCAGUUGGCCACCGCUUGUUAACCCAUUCGUAUAUCAGGCUACACUGUGCAUUUGUUUUAAUUCGUCAGUAUUAUAUCAUAGCAAAGAACACAGUCUGAAUAAAUGGUACAGCCCAAUGGGGGUGAGGGUUUGAAAAUCGUAUUUCAUUAGAUUAUAUCCUGCAUUGUUGGUAUGUGAUGGUAAUACUGCAUUUAAUUACAUGCAAUAUUGGAUAACAUUAAAGUUUAUUACAUUUUUUCAGUACCCCCCAAACUAUUUUUUUUCAUCCCUUUUGGGAGGGUCCAAGUCUCAUCUAGGGGGGUCGGACCCCCCCCCCAAUACACCGUAAUUCGAACCAUGGACCUCCGCGAAGCGAAGGGGGCGUCUUUCCUGGAUGGAGAAGUGCAUUUGAAACAUUCCAGGCAUAGUUUCAGGAACACCUCACAACCGAGCCAGAUCGUACGUAAGCCCACAUAGCAUUAUAAAAGAGAGGGAGACACGACUUCGGCAGUACAACCGACAGUAGAGGCACUGAGCGCAUGUGAGUUUACAAUUGAGAUUGCAGAGGGAAAGAACAGAAGACAUGCUGGUGCUUUCUAUUACCAUUAUCAUGUAUGGAUGCCUUGCAAUGGCUUCCUCCACAUGCCCUUCAGUGUGCGUAUGUCCCCUGGAAACUCCACGGUGCGAACUGGGAGUCAGUUUGGUGACGGACGGAUGCGGUUGUUGUAAGGUCUGCGCUAGACAGCUGAACGAGGACUGCAGCAACACAGAGCCGUGCGACCACAUCAAAGGACUUCAGUGCAAUUUCGGGGCUAGCCGGGAUGCAACUAAAGGCAUAUGUCGAGCCAAGCUUGAAGGAAGACCUUGUGAAUUCAACAACAACAUUUACCAGAAUGGAGAAACCUUUCAGCCAAGCUGUAAGCAUCAGUGUACUUGCAUAGAUGGUGCCGUGGGGUGCGUUCCACUGUGUCUUCAGGAGCUAUCUGUACCGGCCCUUGGGUGUCUCAACCCCACAUUGGUCAAGGUGCCUGGCCAGUGCUGUGACAAGUGGGUCUGUGCCAACACAGACAAGCAGAACGUGAAGAAAGGCCAAACCAAACCUGGUCAACCUGAAGACAACUUCACACAGAAGAAUAAGAUGUUCUCCAAAUUCUCCAAAGGAAAUCCUCAAGCAGCUUACAGAGACCAGCCUGUGACCCGCUUGUUGUCUUCUGGUCUGAAGUGUGUCACUCAUUCGACCAGCUGGUCUCCAUGCUCCAAGACCUGUGGCAUCGGGGUCUCUACCAGGGUUACCAACAGCAAUCCACAGUGCAAGCUAGUGAGGGAGUCACGGAUUUGCCAAGUGCGACUCUGCUCUUCAUUCUCACAGUCUAGUUUAAAGAAAGGGAAGAAGUGCAGUCGCAUCGAAAAGCCAAAGCAGCCAGUGAAGCUGACGUAUGCAGGCUGCAGCAGCGUGAAGAAAUACUGGCCAAAAUACUGCGGCUCGUGUCUGGACGGACGGUGCUGCCGCCCAGAGCAGACCAGAACUCUGCCAGUGCAGUUCCAAUGUGACAGCGGGGAGACCUUCACCAAGGACGUGAUGAUCAUCCAGACUUGCAAGUGCAGCUCAGACUGUCCCAUCAGAUUUGAGGGCCCCCUCCCAAUGCACAGGCUGGAGAAUGACAUCCACAGGUUUACUGAUGAUGAGUGACGAAGAGAUCUGUAUAUGAGGCUUGUAUUGGGUACAUUAUACAUUGAACCUCCUGUUAGACAAGAUUACAUGAGCAACUGGCAGGAAAUCUUGAUAACAUGCAGAGAAGUGUGGAAUGUUUUCUGUAUUACUUCAUAAUAUUGGAGCAUCAGUAUUAGCUUCAUGUUGAAGCAUAUUAUCUAUUAUAAUUUAUUAGUAUUAUUUUUUUUAUUAUUGUGAUUGUGAAUUGAUUGUGUAUACAGACAUGUUAUGUUUUGUAUACAGACAACACACAUUGUUGUGACUGUAGGUUUCAUUCUGUUUGUUCAGGUUCUGUUGGUUUGACAGUCAGUGCUGCUUCCAUUGGUUUAUAAAAAAAAUCAUGUUAUAAAUUAAGACCAAGCAGCUGUCUGUGUUUAUGAGUGUAUUUUGUUGUUUGUUUUUAUAUCUAUUUAUUAAUGAUGAGGUCAUAUUUUUGUAUUAUACUUGUAUUUUAUUUACACAAUGUUGACUAUGUGGUGU